AUGUCAAUAUCACUCCUUUUCCUCUACAUUCUCUUCUUCCCUUCCUACACGACUCUCCCUAAUCCCAUUCUCCCAACACCAUCAUCUCAUCCAACAACAUUAACUAUCCCUUCAUUCCAAGAACAAUCUUAUGUUAAAGGCUGUCCUUUAUCUCUCUCAAAUGAACUUUUCAAUGGCAUAAAAAAUGCAUGUAGUUCGUCAAAACACAGUAAACUCGACCAUAGCCGAUGUUGUCCCGUUCUUGCAGCAUGGUUGUAUUCUUCCUACUCUGCCACCGCUCUUAGAAACCACCCAUCACCGUCGUCAUCAUCAUUUGACAUGCCUUUGGUGCCAGAUGAUUCAGAAACAUGUGUGGAUGGUUUGGAAAAGGCUUUGAAAGUUAGAGGAAUUGAGAUUGUAAAUCCAAAUGAGAGUUGUGAUUUGGUGUAUUGUUAUUGUGGAAUUAGGCUGCAUCCUUUUAACUGUCCUGAUUCAUUUUCUGUAACCAAAAGAGGGGAGCUUGUUGGAGAUCAAAGUGUUAGAAAGUUGGAAAAGAGUUGUUUGAGUAGUGAAAAAAACGUCAAUGGCUUUCAAGGUCUUGAAGGGUGUUCUAAGUGCUUGAAUAGUCUCUAUUUGCUUAACAAAAAGGCUUCAAAUUCAAGCAAAGAAGACAGGACCGCAAAGAUUCACAACAAUGAUUGCGAGCUAAUGGGCUUGACAUGGCUUUUGUCGAAGAAUUGGACACCUUAUAUACACACGGUUACCGACAUUCUUCGUACUUUAUUGUUGAACAAUGAUGGAUCUAAGCCAAAAUCAUGCACUCUUAAUAGUAAUGGAAUGCCUCUAGCCGUUGAUUCAUCUGAAAUCAUAAAUGAGCAAUCUUCUUCAACCAACCUCCAACCGCCUAUGUCUCUUUCUUUGUUAUUAGUACUUUGUUUGGUACUAUGUGUGCAUGUUAUUGUGCUAUUCUCUUAA